AGUUGAUUCCGAGUACUAACCUAUGGAAGAGGCAACUUAAGACGUGAGAGGCCUGCUGCGCUCCUCUUGGAAUUUGUAGCCUGGCAUUCAUUGCCAACUUUCUUCGGAGGGAUGCUGGGGAGGGUCUGAGAGCCCUGAGGAUUUUGUUGAGAUGACUCGAGCCCGUUCUGGCAUGCUGCCGCCAGGCGGCGCUGCUCUGAAGAUCCAGGCAGCCACCUGCUGGGGCCCGACCUUCCACCAGGGGGCGGAGGUCUCCGAGAGGCUCGCCCGGCCCCGCCGGCCUCGGAGCCAAGCCAAGUCUUAAAGAGGCGCCUGGACCCAAGCUUCUCCUCAGCGACUGAUGAUGACAACCUGUCCACUUCUGUGAUUGGUCUAGCCGAGAUGAGACGGGCAGCUAUUGGAGAUGCUCUGUAGAAGCGUGAUGGAUCUGGAAGGGAGCUGGGCGCCGGGGACUCUGGUGGUAGCUCCCAUUUACGACGGGUGUUAAGGUAUGGAGCAUGAGCAGAAGUCAGGAGCCGGGCUGCUGCGGUUGCUGCGGCUUCUGUGGCUGCUGCCCCAGUCCUGGGCGGUGCUCGAAGCUUCCACCCCGGUGUUGUGGGAUGGCCCACAGAACCACACAUUCCGGCACACCCUGUUCUGCCAGGAUGGGAUUCCCAACAUAGGGCUCUCAGAGACCUACGAUGAGGACGAACUCUUCUCUUUCGACUUCUCCCAGAACACCAGAGUGCCCCGACUGCCUGACUUUGCCGAGUGGGCUCAGGAACAGGGCGAUGCCUCUGCCAUUAAAUUUGACAAAGACUUCUGCGAGACGUUGAUGCGGGAAGUGAGCCCGCAGCUUGAAGGUCAAAUCCCAGUGUCCAGAGGUUUGCCUGCAGCUGAGGUGUUCACACUGAAGCCCCUGGAGUUUGGCAAGCCCAACACGCUGGUCUGUUUCAUCAGCAACCUCUUCCCACCGAAGCUUACUGUGACCUGGCAGCUGCACUCCGCCCCCGUGGAGGGAGCCAGCCCCACGUCCAUCUCAGCCGUCGACGGGCUCUCCUUCCAGGCUUUCUCUUAUUUAAACUUCACACCGGAACCCUUUGACCUGUACUCCUGCACCGUGACGCACGAGAUUGACCGCUACACAGCAAUUGCCUACUGGGUGCCCCAGAACGCCCUGCCUUCAGAUCUCCUAGAGAAUGCACUGUGUGGUGUGGCCUUUGGCCUUGGUGUGCUGGGCAUCGUCCUGGGCAUUGUCUUCUUCAUCUGCUCCCAGAAACCUUGCUCAGGAGACUGACUCUUCCCAACCAGAGCUUGGAACAGCACAGGCCAGGCCAGCGGGGAUGUCCAGGCAUCUCCUGCCUCCCCAAGGUCUCUCAUCGGAGCCAAAGUCCCAGGGGUCCCUCCGGGUGUGUGCCAACGUGCAGGUGUCUCAGCUGAGGCUUCCACUGUCCCUGGACUUGCAUCCAGAAAAGUCUGCAUCAGAAACCCCGGGCCCCACCUGACCACUACCUUAUACCUUCCCUCUUCCAGGAAAUAAACUUUAUUUCUUAAUGUCA